CCUGUUCAGUCGAUAUCGAACCGCGGCUAAUAGCAAACGUGCAAGGAUUAAAAGUUGCAAGUGCCAAAGACAAACUAACGGCCGGGGUCGAAUAAAAGUGAUGUUCUGAUUCGGAAGAAUGAGUUGUUCCAUAUUUGUUCAAGAUAGCCGUAUGAUGCUCCCGUAUAAUUCACACCACCACCAGCAGCAGCAGCAACAACAAUCGGAUCAAACCCAACAACCAACGGAAAUUAACAGCUUUCAGCAGUUCUUCUACGAUCAAAAUCAAAUCAGAUUACCCACCGGAAUUGUCCCACUGGAUUUGUCUCUCCGCCAAGGCAAUGUACCAAUGACUCCACCAACAACUCCAUCCCCACCACGCAAGCGAACAAAAAUGUUCGAUGAAGAUGAAUGGAGAUUGAAAAUUGUUAGUGGUAACUUUCGGCCAACAAACCAAUUUUCGGACACUGUUUGCAUCGAUAACAAAAAGUAUUAUGCCAACACUACGUUAACAACAAACAGUCCGCGUUUUCGUUACUUUGACGAUUCUACCCGGUUGCCCCCUUUUAAAUCGUUGCAAACAACAACUUCCACCUCGGCAACAGCGUCGUCAGCGGAUGAUCUGCUACAAACAGCAGUCGAAGAAUUGAUCGACAUCACUGGCCAGGACGACUCAUCCGGAGAAGAAUCUCGCCGUUCCCCGUCCAAUAUCGAUGUGGAGUCUCUGGAUCCCGAUGAAGACGGAAAUGGCGAAGGGGAAGACGACGCUGACGACGAUAGUCAACAGUCGAUUAAUAUUGUUGAUAGCGAAAAGGAGAAUAGCGAAGCUGUACUGAUAGAUGGGCAGCGAUAUUUUGAGAACGAGAAGCUACAUCUGCAAGCCAUCGAAGGAUUCGCACGAUUGUUCGAGAGAAGUUUCGCCGGGUACGAUCAUCAUCACGUGAAGGAACGUUCUCCUAAACAUUGUUCGCUGCGACCGAAAUCAGAACGGCGACGUAUCAAAACGCGAAAGCAAAUAGUUGAUGAAGAUAACACCAGCCCCGUCUCGGGAACGAUCAUUCGGAAGUUACAGGAUGGCGAAGAGCUGGUCGUUCGCAAGGGAGAUAUCGAUCCGGCUUUCAAUGUGGUAGAAAUAACCGACGAAGCAAAGGAGAUUCUGUCGAAAAUCGAAAACAAGAUCGGUUCGUAUUUGUGUCAACUAUGCCGAGCGCUGUACGAUGAUGCUUUUGGUUUGGCUCAACAUCGCUGCUCACGAAUAGUGCAUAUCGAGUACCGGUGUUCCGAGUGUGAUAAGGUUUUCAAUUGUCCGGCUAAUCUUGCCUCACACAAGCGCUGGCAUAAACCGCGGAAUGGGACCGGUGGACCGGGACAAUCCGGUACGGUCGAGUGUCGAGAGGGAAAGAAAAGAAGUAGUGGGACAAUUAACGCGGAUAGUGCGGACAAGAUAGACGAUGAGUGUGUAGAAACCGUGGAUAUUGGUGGGACAGACCGCAGGCCUGCUAUCGGGUCCAACGCCCCAGAGGAAGUGUUCCGAUGUAAUCAGUGCGGGAAAAGUUUUAGAAGACAAAGCUACCUUAAGAAACACCUUCAAUCCCACCAGUCACCAACGGAUGCUUCCGGGCGUCAGAAUGACCCCGGAAUAUUGUCCGCAUCGUCUUUGGUUCAGCAAAAUGCAGCAGCUGCCGCUGCUCUCUUCUGCGGUCAGGCACAACUGCACACUGUAGGUGGAGCACCGCCAACUGCUGGAGCAUUUCCACGUGCUGGCAACACUUCCACAGGAGGACUUUUUCCGUUUCCUGCAGCGUAUGGCGGUCACUUCCUCAAAGAUUCCGGAACUUAUUCCGAGUUCGAAAAACGGCGCUGGCAGUCACUAAGUGAGCUGUAUCUUCAGCAGAGGGAGCGACUUUCUGCCUUCCAGUAUGUUAGACAUCACCAAUACGAGGACUAUCUUAAAAGCUUUCAACCAUUCCAUUUCGGUCGAGAUAAAUCCUGACAGAACGUGCUCCGACCGGUACCUCGACUAGCAGCGCCGGCCAAUUUAUGGGGACAGGGUCAACCAGCUUCGAUGGAGUCUCUAGCUCCGUUAUCAACUCCAACAGCAACCGGUGCUGCAUCCGCCGAGAGAAUGCAACGUCCUCAGUCUACCGUAGCAACCGACUCUUCAUUCCACCAACUGACAAAUUCGCGCCCGCCACCGACGGCGGCUUCUCGAAUAAUAGAACAUGUACACCAAAGCUAUUAAACCUUCUACAGAAUCCCCGUAGGACACAGAAUGUAAACAAAUUAGCUCUAUGUACAAUUUUGUAACAAAAAUUUCCCUUAGGACUAUUAUCGAAAUCGAAUACCCGGAAGAAUGUCUAGCGUGAAAACAAGAAAAUAAAAUCAAUCUAACCUUAUACAGUCCGAAACGUAUAACAUCAAUAAAUAGGCUUUUGAUAGCGCAUUAU